UGUUGAAAAAAAGCAAACGUUUUAAUAGCAAAGGUGAUUAUAUUAAUAGCGGCACAUCACUUUCGCGACCGUUUUUAUGACAUACCGCAAAUGAGUAUGCUUCCAGCUGAGCCAUUUGAAAAAUGUCUGGAGGCGAAGACAUAUCUUUGUCGGAUAAGUCGGAUGCUAAUGAAAAGUUUAGGAAGAGGAUUCUUGUCACCGGUGGAGCUGGCUUUAUUGCAUCACAUGUGGUUAUUUCACUCAUAGAAAAGUAUUCUGAUUGCCUUAUCAUAAUUUUGGACAAGCUAGAUUAUUGUGCGAGUUUGAAAAAUCUUGAUUGUGUUACAAAAAGACCAAAUUAUAAAUUCAUCCAGGGUGACAUCUGUGAUUCAUGCUUUGUGAGGUUACUAUUUAAAAGGGAGAAAGUUGACAUUGUCUUGCAUUUUGCAGCUCAGACCCACGUAGAUCGUUCAUUUUGGUGGUCUUCAAAAUUUCACAUUGUAAAUGUGUAUGGAACUUAUGUACUUGUAAAAGAAGCACAUGAAGCUGGGGUAGAAAGGUUUAUCCAUGUUAGCACAGAUGAAGUUUAUGGAGACAGCAUCAAUAAGGAGUUUGAUGAAUCCUCACCAUUGAGACCUACAAACCCAUAUGCUGCAUCAAAAGCUGCUGCAGAAUGUGUAAUAUUGUCGUUCUGGAAAAGGUACAAGUUUCCAGUUAUUAUUACCAGAAGCAGUAAUGUUUAUGGUCCACAGCAGUACCCAGAAAAAGUCAUUCCUAGAUUCAUCUCAUUGCUACAGCAUGGCAGAAAGUGCUGUAUUCAUGGCUCAGGGCUUCAAGCACGCAAUUUUCUGUAUGCCGCAGAUGUCACCGAAGCAUUUCUCAUUGUUCUGGAAAAGGGAGUGCCUGGAGAGAUUUAUAAUAUAGGCACAAAGUUUGAGCUGUCCAUUAUCCAAUUGGCAAAGGAGUUGAUUAAACUGAUUAAAAACAUUUCUUCUCACCGUGAUGUGGAAAACUGGCUAGAUUUUGUUCCCGACAGGCCUUAUAAUGACCUCAGAUAUCCAAUGAAUACUGAGAAGUUGCAGAAACUAGGUUGGAGACCUAAGGUGUCGUGGAAAGAAGGAAUCAGAAAAACAGUUGACUGGUACAGGGAGAACUUCCACAACUGGGCUAAUUCUGAAAAAGCAUUGGACCAAUUUCCACCUUUUACUUUUGAAGAGAACUGAAAAACAACUGACCAGGUUACUGCCAAAAUCUGAAAUUACAAGAUUAAAAGAACCAAACACUGAAUCAUGUUGUUGUCUUUUCAGAUAAUACAUAUUUUUAUUUGUAUAGUAAUUUAAAGCUAGUGUACAGAAAUAGUAGUAUUUUUGUGUAUUUUAAAUCUUGUACUACCAAUUAGUGUUUCUUAUACUUUAUAAUGUAAAAAAACAAUAAGAAUUCGCUUAAAAGCUAUGAUUUUUUUAAGUUUCUUUCAAUAAACUUAUAUUUGUAUUUAAACUA